AUGCAAACCAUGUUAAAGUGCGUACAAACAAGUGCUGUGAGGCUGUCUUCCCUGCAAUGUUUCUACAGACAGCAAGUAAGGAAAAUGAGCCAGUCAUUUUAUGAUUUCAAAGCUGUAAACCUCAAAGGAGAAGAGGUCAGCUUCUCAAAGUACAAAGGGAAAGUGGUGCUGAUUGAAAAUGUGGCAUCUCUCUGAGGAACAACUGUCAGGGAUUAUACCCAGGUACGGUUGUAUUUAAGACCUGGGCCCCAUUCCUCGAAAGAUGGUUAAGUUUAAUCCAGGAUUAAGCCAAAUUUCAAGCACAGUUUCCUCGUCUAAGAACAUGCAACUUGAGGUUACAAAAUACUGUUGAGCCUUUACUACGAGAUACCGUAAUGAUAACACAAAAUGUUACCCUAAGCAAUGCAUGGGAAUGUAAAAUACAAAAACGGAACAAAAUUUUAAUCCUGGAUUAAUGCUAAUCGGCCUUUCAGGAACCAGGCCCUGAAGUUUUUCUUGUGUCCUCUUGUAAUAUGGAGGAAUGGUGGAGAAAGGGAGAAAGGAAGUUUAUGGAAGAAAAGAAAAAAAAAGGGGAAAUGGGACCGAUUGUUGUGUGAGACAUAAAUAUUAAUAAAUAAUAAAAUUUAAGAUUAUACAGUGGAACCUCUCUAAAACGGCCACCUUGGGGACAGAAGAAAGUGGCCUUUGUAAAGAGGUGGCUGUUGUAGAGAGGUUUUUUAAAAACAAGAGGUUGUUUAAAAACAAUAGUCAAUGUAUGGAUUUGUUGUCUGCUGGGACAAAAAAAAGUGGCCAUUGUAGAGAGGUGGCCAUUAGCAGCGGUUUGACUGUAAUGAGAAGGUGAUAUUUCUCAAUCAAGGACUUCCUACCUCUUCUUACAUUAUGACCCAUUUUUCUGCCUACAUUCAGAAAAGAUGCAUUUAAAGAGUUUUUUUUAGAAAUCCUUCUUAAGGUGCACUUCAUAAUGUUCAGUUAUAAUAAUUAUUUUGUUUCCUUUGUUAUGUUGAGUGCAUAAUUGCCAGUUAGGAAUACAACAUUUUCACAAUGAUGUCAUUUGGCUACAACUUCAAGAGUCCUUUAGUUUUUUAAUGUGCAAAUUACAGCUUUGCUUUAUGAAUCGCAUUGGGAUUCAAGAAUUCUUCUGAUUCAAAAGUCCUCAGAUACUGUGAAUGAGGUCAUCAAUUGAGUGUAUAGUAAUAUUUUUUUCUGUUAUGUAUAGGCCGAACCAAGGCUGUGCUAAAUUAGCAGCAAUAGUGUGUUCACUUAACUUCUAAGUAAUGAAUGUUAUCAAUAAAUGAUAUUUACUCACAAUAUUAUUUUUAAAACCAAUGUUUUUGCCUUCUAUUUGCCCAGAUGAAUGAGCUCAUGGAAAAGUACAGUGGAAAGGGGCUCACCAUUCUGGGUUUUCCCUGCAAUCAGUUUGGUCAUCAGGAGAACACCUCGGACAAUGAGAUUCUCGAUUCUUUAAAGUAUGUUCGACCUGGGAAGGGCUUUGAACCUAAGAUUGAGAUGUUCUGUAAGGUGUCGGUCAAUGGUGAUGAGGCCCACCCCUUGUUUGUCUACCUGAAGGAGAAGUUGCCACUCCCUCUUGACAAAGACCCAAGUAAUAGCGCUCUGCUGAUGAAGACUGCAGGAGAUAUACUAUGGAGUCCAGUGCGAAGAUCAGAUGUGUCUUGGAAUUUUGAGAAAUUUUUGAUUGACACAAAUGGAAAGCCAUUUCAGAGAUACAGCCGGUAUUUUCUCACUUCAGAUAUUGCACCUGACAUUGAGAAACUGUUGCCUAAAAACUAAUCUAACAGAGAAACACUGACAUUAGAAAGAGCAGUAUCAAUGAUUUCUAAAAAGUUAUUAAUAAAAAUCCACUCAUAAGAUUUUUUUGUUAAGACAUGAACCCUUUUUGUGUACAAAUAAGUCACCUCUGUGUACUAUUUACAAUGCAGCACAAACUCUACUGGCUCCCCGCACACUUAAAACUUUAAAGAAAUGUCUUUGUUAUUGAUUGGCUAAUGAACCACCAAGGCUGUAAUGAUAAUUGUUAUCUGAGAGUAAUUUAGUGUACUCAUAGUUAAUUGAGUGGAAUGGUUAUGAAACCCGUCAGACUCCUUUGUUAUAUGUUUUUGUGGACCUGAAAGUGCACAACGUUCAAAAGAAUUCCUAUCAUUUUGAUUGUAUUGACCAAUAAAAACGUUGCAUUAAUUUAUUCCGUAACAAUUUGCCAAC